ACGCUUCUUCUUUAUAACCUUCCCUUUCUCUCCUUCCCCUCAUUUCAUUCCCCCAAUGAACCUUCCUCCCUUCAAUCAUGCAUUUCCCGGUAAUGGGUUGCUUCAAAAUCCUGCCUUGAUGCCGCCGCCGCCGCCGCCUCCUCUGCCUCCGCCUCUGCCUUCCAGUGAUGGAACUGCCAUUGUUACUAAAAACAAUGCACCCCACCGUCACACCAAGCUUUGUGCUAGAGGCCAUUGGAGGCCGGCGGAGGAUGCUAAGCUUAAAGAACUCGUCGCCCGUUAUGGCCCUCAAAACUGGAAUCUCAUUGCUGAGAAUCUCCGUGGCAGAUCAGGUAAAAGUUGCAGAUUGAGAUGGUUUAAUCAAUUGGAUCCAAGGAUAAACAGAGCAGCGUUCAACGAAGAAGAAGAAGAACGGCUCGUAACAGCUCAUAGAUUGUAUGGAAACAAAUGGGCUAUGAUUGCUCGUUUGUUUCCUGGUAGAACUGAUAACGCCGUCAAGAAUCAUUGGCAUGUAAUCAUGGCUAGAAAACAGAGGAGAUCCUUACGAAAGAUCUUUCAGAAAAACAAUGUUUCCGGCGAAUCCACCAUUUCCAGCACCGCCUCUACCUCCGCCGCCUCCAGGUGGUGCGGCGGCAUGGGGAAGGUUUGGGGGAAAACAGAGGAGGCGAUGACGGCGGAGCAGUCAGGGAACUCUGAGUCGAACUCGGAUGUUUCGGCGGCGGAGUCAGUGAUUUCAACGAAUCUGUGCUUAUCAUCUGGGUGGGGAAACGGUCGGCGGCGGCAGGAUCAUAUGAAAAUGGAGUUCAUUGAUUUCCUUGGAGUUGGAGCUUCUUGAAAUAAAAACCAUUGCUUUAUCAAACAUU